UUCAUAUUUUCAACGCAGAUAACAGAAACUUUUGGGCAAUUAUCUUUAUCUUAUAACAAAACCUUUGACGAAAAUGGUUUGUCGCCCAGUCCCGUAUCAGGAAAAGCGUCCAAUGUAUUACGGGACAUUCUGAAUCAGGAGAGUCUUGUACGCUUCUCUAUGGUACAAAGAAUCCAGAGGUUGGUUAUGGAUGCCAUAGACAAUAAAAACAAUGGACAGAUUAUAAAGACAAAGCUUCGGGAUGUGAUUAAAGAGUUACAGGAUUUGGAGACAAAAGACCAGAGAAUAGAGGCAGAAAACUCUAAACUUAAACAAGAAAUGAAGGCUUUGAAUGUAACAUUAAAUAACACAAAAUACCUGACAAUGGAGGAAUUUCGGAAUCUUAACGAGACGGGAAUAUGGAACCUUAGAACACAUUUAAUAGAUAAAUUACAAGCUAUAGAGAAAAAAGAACAGCGUAUAAUGGAACAAUUCAAAUCCUUGAAUGAAUCAGGAAUAAACAACCUUAAUGGACAAGCAUUAACUCUACAGAAAGAAAACCAGAAAUUGACUGUGGAAAGUUCGAAAACUAAAACUCUACUGUCAGUUAUUGAAAGAAAAAUAGACAUUUUGAAUAGCUCCUAUUCUUCAUCUAAAAACGAGAUUCAGAAGUUGACUCUUCAAAAUGAUAAAUUAUUACGAGGUGAUAUCAGGAAGCUGAAUGAGACAUUACUACAAAACUUUUACGAACACAUUAAAAAGAUAGAGGGCAUGUUUACACUUUUCUCCCUCUCUGUAAAUGAAACUCUAGAUGCAGUUAGUGGGGAACAAAAUAAGCAGAAUGUACAAUGGAUACAGAUUUCUCCUUACAUAUAUUCGCUUACUGACCUCACAGAAAACUUUAUCAAUUGCUUGGACAUUUUACGGAAAUAUUCGAGUCAACAGGGAAGAGAUGGGGUUUAUAAAUUAACAAUAGCCUCCAAGACAAAGUUUGUGUACUGUGACAUGACAACACAAGGUGGAGGGUGGACGGCUAUACAAAGAAGACAGGACGGGUUUACAAAUUUUUACAGGACGUGGUCAGAAUAUAAGCGAGGAUUUGGGGAUCCCUCUAAAAACUACUGGAUUGGAAAUGACGCAAUCUAUGAGCUGACAAAGAAUAAGGACCAAGAACUACGGGUUGAACUGCAAAGUUUUGAUGGUGCUGAAGCAUACGCGCACUAUUCCACAUUUUAUGUUGGGGAUGAAUACAGUAAAUACAGACUCACUUUGUCGGGAUAUUCAGGAACGGCAGGUGACAGUUUGAAAAAUCACAAUGGUAGUCACUUUUCCACUAAAGAUCAGGAUAAUGAGAGGAGUAGUCGAAACUGCGCUACACAAUAUCACGGAGCUUGGUGGUACUGGGACUGUCUCAACUCCAAUCUGAACGGAGUGUACGCCCAGUCACCUGUAUCUAAUUGGAAUCACCCGGUGUGGCAGCACUGGAGAAGUAAUACAGCGCUACAAAAGACUAUGAUGAUGAUCAGACACACAAAACUUUAUCAACAUCUAAAAAGUUCUCGAUGGUUUUGGAAACCGACUAGAUCCCAUGUUAAGACCGUGCAUUCUGUUUCCUUCAAAGUGGAUGUUGUCUCUACAUAUAAUGUAACGAAAAUAUCAAAGGAUGCAUUUAUAAAAGUUAAAAAGUACAAAGACUGUGCAACCAUACUGAAGAAAAAUCCAGGUCGGAAAAGAAAGGAUGGUGUAUAUACAAUUUAUCCGGAUGGAAAACAAAAGAAGAAAGUUUACUGUGACAUGACAACAAAGGGAGGGGGUUGGACGGCGAUACAAAGAAGACAGGACGGAUCUACAGAUUUUUACAGGGCUUGGUCAGAAUAUAAACAAGGAUUUGGGAAUCCCUCUAAAAACUACUGGAUUGGAAAUGACGCAAUCUAUGAGUUGACGAAGAACAAGGACCAGGAACUACGGGUUUCCCUUCAAAGAUUUAAUGGUGACGAAGCAUACGCUCAGUACUCCACAUUUUAUGUCGGGGACGAGAACAAAAAAUACAAACUCACUGUGUCGGGAUAUUCAGGAACGGCAGGUGACAGUUUGACUAGUCCACACAGUGGUAGUAAAUUCAGCACUAAAGAUCAGGACAAUGACAGGAUUAGUGGUCACUGUGCUACAAGAUAUCGCGGAGCCUGGUGGUACGGGUCAGGUUGUUACAACUCAAACCUUAACGGAGAAUAUGCAAAGUCUGCUGUGUCUGGUAAUAGAUACCCGAUAUGGCAUUCCUGGAAAGGAUGGGAAGCAUUAAAACAGACUAUGAUGAUGAUAAGAUACAAACACUGA